AGCGCUGCGCCGGGUCCGGCUCAGCUCCCAGCCGCGGACGCAGGACCCGGGGCUCGCUCCUGCGGGCGCGCUUGUUUUCCAGCUGCCGCCUCGCCCUGCGCAGCCCCCGCCCGCCUGGCCGCCGCGCUCUGCUCUGCCCCGCCUGCCUUCCUCGCCCGGCGCUGGAUUUAUGAAUGGGGGGAAGAGGCUACAUGCCGCCGCCGCCGCCUCGUGUUGACCGCAAGCAGCCCGGGCCCACGGAGCUCCGGCUGCCGUGAGAGUGUCAGCACGGCCCCGGCAGCCACUCGGAGGACUUGUUGCUGCCGCUCUGCCGCCGCUGCGGGGAAGCCGGCUGCUCCGGGGCUUGGUGCGGUCUGGGAGCCGGAGGGUGGCCCGUGUGAGUGUGAGCGCAAGCGCCCCGGACCUUCGCGGUGCGCCUGAACUGUGCGCUUCCUUGUCUUUGGUCGGGGUGACGGCGGGGGCGUGUCCCCGGCCCAGAGCGUCUGUCUGUCCCGUCCUAGCGGGGGACCGCGUGUGUGCUUGCUUCUACUUCCCCGCGUCCUCCCUCUCUCCGCCUCCCUCUCUCCGGAGCUUCCUGCCCUAACCCCAACCACCUGUGCACCAGAGAAAUCCAACUCCUCCCGCUCCGCGUCCUAGGGGGGAUAGGCAGGGGCAGGGCCACGCCGCAGAGGGGGCCGCCGCCGCCUCCUGCCUCUUCUUCGUCUCCUCCCCCUCCCCCGUCUGACGCUGCCUCCUCGGGAAGGGUGUUUGGAGGGCAGCGGCCGCCCCAAGCCGGAGCCCCGCAGCGCUUCUUAUGAUCAGCUCGGUGUGUGUCUCCUCCUACCGCGGGCGCAAGUCGGGGAACAAGCCUCCGUCCAAAACAUGUCUGAAGGAGGAGAUGGCCAAGGGCGAGGCGUCGGAGAAGAUCAUCAUCAACGUGGGCGGCACGCGACAUGAGACCUACCGCAGCACCCUGCGCACCCUACCGGGAACCCGCCUCGCCUGGCUGGCCGACCCCGACGGCGGGGGCCGGCCCGAGACCGAUGGCGGCGGUGCGGGCGGCAGCGGCGGCGGGGGCUGCGAGUUCUUCUUCGACAGGCACCCGGGCGUCUUCGCCUACGUGCUCAACUACUACCGCACCGGCAAGCUGCACUGCCCCGCCGACGUGUGCGGGCCGCUCUUCGAAGAGGAGCUCACCUUCUGGGGCAUCGACGAGACCGACGUGGAACCCUGCUGCUGGAUGACCUACCGGCAGCACCGCGACGCCGAGGAGGCGCUCGACAUCUUCGAGAGUCCGGACGGAGGCGGCAGCGGCGCGGGGCCCAGCGACGAGGCCGGCGACGAUGAACGGGAGCUGGCCCUGCAGCGAUUGGGCCCCCACGAGGGAGGCGCGGGCCACGGCGCCGGGUCUGGGGGCUGCCGCGGCUGGCAGCCCCGCAUGUGGGCGCUCUUCGAGGAUCCCUACUCCUCCCGGGCGGCUAGGGUAGUGGCCUUUGCCUCUCUCUUCUUCAUCCUGGUCUCCAUCACCACUUUCUGCCUGGAGACACAUGAGGCCUUUAAUAUCGACCGCAAUGUGACAGAGAUCCUCCGCGUGGGGAACAUCACCAGCGUGCACUUCCGGCGGGAGGUAGAGACAGAGCCCAUCCUGACCUACAUCGAGGGUGUAUGCGUGCUGUGGUUCACGUUGGAGUUCCUGGUGCGCAUCGUGUGCUGCCCCGACACGCUGGACUUCGUCAAGAAUCUGCUCAACAUCAUCGACUUUGUGGCCAUCCUGCCCUUCUACCUGGAGGUAGGGCUGAGCGGCCUGUCGUCCAAGGCAGCCCGAGACGUGCUGGGCUUCCUGCGCGUGGUGCGCUUCGUGCGCAUCCUGCGUAUCUUCAAGCUCACACGCCACUUCGUGGGGCUGCGCGUGCUGGGCCACACGCUGAGGGCCAGCACCAAUGAGUUCCUGCUGCUUAUCAUCUUCCUGGCCCUGGGCGUGCUCAUCUUUGCCACCAUGAUCUACUAUGCUGAGCGCAUCGGGGCCAGGCCCUCCGACCCUCGGGGUAAUGACCACACCGACUUCAAGAACAUCCCCAUUGGCUUCUGGUGGGCUGUGGUCACCAUGACGACACUGGGCUAUGGAGACAUGUACCCCAAGACGUGGUCAGGCAUGCUGGUAGGGGCACUGUGUGCGCUGGCUGGCGUGCUUACCAUCGCCAUGCCGGUGCCUGUCAUCGUCAACAACUUUGGCAUGUACUACUCCCUGGCCAUGGCCAAGCAGAAGCUGCCCAAGAAGCGGAAGAAGCACGUGCCACGGCCGGCCCAGCUGGAGUCACCCAUGUACUGCAAGUCUGAGGAGACCUCCCCCCGGGACAGCACCUACAGUGAUACCAGCCCCCCUGCCCGGGAAGAGGGUAUGAUCGAGAGGAAACGGGCAGACUCUAAGCAGAAUGGCGAUGCCAAUGCAGUGCUGUCCGAUGAGGAGGGAGCUGGCCUCACCCAACCCCUGGCCUCCUCCCCCACCCCUGAGGAGCGCCGGGCCCUGCGACGCUCCACCACUCGAGACAGAAACAAGAAGGCAGCUGCCUGCUUCCUGCUCAGCGCUGGGGACUAUGCCUGCGCCGAUGGUAGUGUCCGGAAAGGCACAUUCGUCCUCCGUGACCUUCCCCUUCAGCAUUCACCUGAGGCUGCAUGCCCUCCAACUGCUGGGACUCUGUUCCUGCCACAUUGAGGAAGGGGGCUGGGCACGACAUGGCAUCAUACUCAGGAGCCUUCUUCACCAGCUCCUUGGGACAAUGGAAUAUCCCAGGGUGGUGACAGCAGAUGGAGCUACUUGGGGGAGAGCUCGAGUUGGUCAGGCAGCAGCUGGGGUGAUGGCCUGUGAGCCACAGGCCACAUCAGGAACUUUCCUCACUGCCUCCAUGCAAGGCUGCAGAGCUAUGGUCCCUUUCUCCACUGCACUGGAGCUUUGAAGACCUAAGAGGCUAGUGGUUCCUGGAGCUAGUGGUUACCUGAACAGAUAUGGCGAUGAGCUGCAACAUCACCUGAGUCACCAGAGUUGGGUUGGCAGAGGGGUGAAGGGCUCACCCCAUUCCCUGACCCAUCCAUGCUCUUCCUGGCCUUUUAGCCCUGGGUUCCUCAUGCCUUCCAGCUCUGCUCCUGGCCUGCUCCUCAGCCCCACACCCUGUGGGUCAGCAGCUGACUUCCUUCUAACAUCUCAUUCUUUGUUUCUCCCUUACUUUUGCUGAACUCCCUGUCCCCCCAACCCAGAAGGCAAUGUUGAGCCGAAAGCGUGCGUCCCAGUGUCUCACACCUGUGCUCUUUAAACACAGAGACCUGCCAAGACGCCCUCUCAUCCAACUAUGCCCAGGCUGAAGUCCUCACCCUCUCUUAAAGCGGCACCAACGUGAGAGAGACAGGCAGACAGACAGAAAGCCAGAGGCUUAGGGAAACUCUGGAACCCAGACAAGAAUCUUUUCGCUGGGAAAGACUCAGAUAUCCUUGUUUGCACAGGACUGGUGGAAAACCUCCCAUGCGACCCUCGGGGCCCAGAGCCAUCUGGGUCUGAUGUUCUGUUCUACUGUACAUUGAAGAGAUAUAUAUGCACAUAUAGUAUCUAUAUUCAUACAUACUAUACUCUUGUGUGUAGUGCACGUGCUAUUGGUGGUUUGUCUUCUUUGUUAGGCUUUGUCUCCCUAAGCCCUUGCCCCACCCAGAGUUUCCCAUCCCCUUCACUGAUUUCUGUUGUUUCUGCUGACUGUGUGGGUGGAAGGUCCCAAGAAAAGUGCAUCUGGGAAUUGCCAGUCCAGCUGGGUGGUCCCAGGCUCCUGUCUUAGGGGUGUUUCCCCUGUCAGCAAGUAACCUGGUGAAGUCUAUUGAAGGACAGACUUCCCCCCAUGGUCACUGCUUCACUAGCCCCACCCCACCCCAGAUUGGGGUUCUACCUCCCACCCCACACCCUCGUUGUGGGGGGACUUCCAGGGGGCUCCUCUGCAGCCUCCUCCACUCCUUCCUCCACCCCAUCUCUGUCCUUGACUUAGGGGGGGCAUUUUGUCUUUUUUAUUUUUGAUUUUGUUCUGUCUCUUUCGUCUGUUUGUUGUCAAAGAUGCUGCUGGGCAGAUGGGCAGGGAAGGGAUCUGUCUGCCCAUCUGUCCCAGGGGGUCUGAGAAGGGAAGCCUUGGGCGAGAGGAAACCAGUUGCAAUACUGUACUUCCUGGCCAGUGGCCAGAGGAUGCGUGCAAUAGCAGAGGCCAGGUGACCCCUUCAGCCUUGGCCUCUGCCCCUCCCUGGGCCCUCCCUCCCUGCUCCUCCCUGGUGUUGGUCAGUCCUUUUCUAAAGCUGUCCUCUUGUGUGUGUCUGGGGCAUGCUCAGGCUGGGCCCUGUGCCCUGUCUGCAUGCCUCCAACUGUCAUGCUGUGCUCGAGCCCCAAUAAAGACAUCUGGAGCAUCCUGCUGCUCCUGCUGUGUGA